UUGCUGACCAGCAGAGAAGAGAGAAGCUGAGGAAGAAGAUAGCCAGGUGUGAGGAGGAAAUGAGCGUGGGUAAAGCUGCCUCCCGAGCCAGCUCAAGAGAGAGCGGAAGGCUGCUGCCAUCCUCCUUUGGAAAGGGUUUCUUGGAAGCAGAAGACAAAGACCAUCUCUUCCCCUGUGCUGAGCAGACACAGUACCUAUCCAGAGCGCCGUCUCCUUACGGCCAGCACGGCCUGGUGCACACCAGUCCAGGAAAACACACCAGAAAACAUUCUCGGAACACACCCAGUGGAUGCAACUCAAGCUCAAGCGUCAGCACAUCGAGCAUACCGAGAAAACGCUCUGGACUUUCCUGCAGCUCCUCCACCGAUAGUUUUGUGAGCACUGGUCGUUCCCAGAGGCAUCGAGGAAGCAGCUCCAAAGCAUACAGUGGGGAUCUCCUGGACAGGCACUCCGAGUUCUUUACUGGUAGCCGAAAACCUUUCACUCCACGCACCUUAAUAUCAGAUGCGAAGUCUUUCCUGUCGGAGUACAGGUAUUACACGCCUGCUCGAAGGAAGACGAGAAACCACUGCAAGCAGCACGUGGAAGCUCAGACGCAGACUGAUGUGAUCAGCUUCCCAUCUGCAGACAGAGCAUCUGGGAGAAGAGCUGUGACUGAAGGGCAGAAGAGCACACGGAAGGCUGCAGACAGAAGAUGCACUGUGGAUGAGCGGGAUAGAGGAGUAGCUGCUUUUCCAUACUCCUUCCUAAGAGAGACACCGUUUUAUUCUCAGCAGCCUUCAGCGAGGAGGACUGUCGGGGCCGAAGAAGAAGUGUUAUAUUUAGCUUUCAUCGAAGACAUAACAAGUGAGAUUCUGAGCCUCGGGCUGUUUUCUAACAG